AGUACUUACAUUGAUUUCCCUCUUAACAGUUUAGAAAUUAAAGCAGUUUGUAUAAAAGCCUAUGUAUGUGCUCUUUCUAAGGGUCAGUUCACACCACCUGCAGUCCAGUGCAUUUUUUUUCUGCAUCAUAAACGCAUGGAAAGUAGGUUAUAUGGUUUUCAAUAGCAAAGUUCAUACCAGUGCGGUCAGUUCCAGGGCUUUCCAGUUCCAGAAAAAACAUAGAACAUGCUGCAUUUUUCCUGCACCGAACUUUACUGGAAUGCGAAAAACGCUUAAAAAAUGCACCAGAACACAACAAAAAUGUGCUUAAAAUGCGCAUGCAGAAAUGCAUCCGGAAGGGAUCUGGAGUGCGUUUUUUGUGGAGUAAUCUACCACAGACAAAAGUGCAUUUGUACAGCACAGUUGCAGCAAGAUUGUUUUUAUGUAAAUGUUUCGUUGAUGAUUAUCCCCGGACAAAAAAAAUGAAUCUUCACUUUUAUCUGCUUUCAAUUUGAUGAGUCUUUGUUCUUGUCUAUGUUACCAUCUUGAGAUAACUGAAUGACUGCACACAACACACUCAGCAUUUCUUGUGAGCAUAAUUUUAAUAUUAUCUGGGAUAUUUUAUGAACAAUGUUUCUAACAGAUAAGAAUAAGAUCAUUAUUGAUUGUGCGAUGAUACAAUAAAUCCUUUACAAGUCGGGGAAUUCUCUGUAGAGGCUGAAGAACAGAUGGCAACCUGCUUCAGAGAGGUGUAUAAGAGUGGGAUUAAAGGGAAUUAUGAGAAAUGAGCAUUUAUAAAUAACUUUCAGCUCACGCUCAGAGGUUUCACAAUCACUACUGUAGUUACAAGAACAAGGAGACAACAGGUGGCACGUCUCCAUCUGCCUAUACAUCUAAUUAAAAUGGAUAUAUUUUCUGGACAUGUUCUGGUUACUAAAGAUGGUGAGAAGGUGGAUCCGGAGGAAGCUUUGCAGAAUAAAAUAGUUGGCUUGUUUUUCUCAGCGGCCUGGGGUUCGCCUUGCAGGGACUUCACCCCUGUGUUGUGUGACUUCUAUAGCGAGCUGGUGGAAGAGGCUGACCCUCCUGCUCAGUUUGAAAUUGUAUUCAUCUCUUCAGAUAAAAGUGAAGAAGACAUGAUCGAUUACAUGCAUGACAUGCAUGGAGAAUGGCUGGCGUUACCCUGGCAUAACCAAUACAGAGAUGAAUUAAAGAACAAGUACAAAAUUACAGCUAUACCAAAACUGGUGAUUGUAAAACAAAAUGGAGAUGUAAUUACAGACAAGGGAAGAAAACAAAUACGAGAUAGAGGAAUAGCUUGUUUCCGAACAUGGCUUGAAGUGGCAGAUAUCUUUCAGAACUUUACAAGCAAAUGACACAUACGUUUUCUCUCUCUUUUUUUUUUUUUUCAAUUGAGAAGCAAUACUUGGUCUAAAAUCACAUAUCUGAAAUAUAAACUCUGUGUGUUGCUCAUAGCAGACAGUUUAAAAUCUUUGCAUGAAUAUGACAGUAAGAGAAUGAAAGCUUGAAUCAAAUUUGGUGCUGUGGGACAGUAACGUCCGUUCCUAUUUCAAAUUAUUUGAUACAUGAGGACCAUUGUCAUUAAUUUCAGGUAUAGGUGUAUAGUUCUAUAUAUUACCUAUAUUUUCCCAAUUUGUGCAGACAGGUAUGAAAUUAUUACUGGAUUGCAUUAAUCUGGAAAUUAUUGCACUAUAUUGUUUUUUUUAUAUGAUUUGUAAAAUGUUAUAUUGUUUUAGAUUUAAAUGAUUUAGAAACCAAUAUGUAAGUGCAUUAUUUAUCAAUAAAGGAGAUAGAGUGAC